UAAAGUAGAACAUGAACCAAUAUAAACACAAAUUUAACCUAAAACGUGUGUUUAUAGUCGAUUCUCUCAAGUAUCAUUUAAUGUGAACAUAUUUGACAUCUGCGAAGAGAUUUUUAAAGAAAUGAUGCAGAAAACGAUUCUCAGAUUAAAAUGCACUGUGCGAUUAAAGCAGCGUUUUUUGUCAACCAUGUCGAAGGAAAAUACGGAUGACAAGAUGCAAGCUUGGCAGAUACAUUCAUAUAACGGAUUAAAUGAUUUAAAACUCUCUAACGUCAGAAUACCAGUGAUCACAAAUCCAACAGACGUCCUAGUAAAAGUUGAGGCUGCCAGUGUGAAUCCCAUCGAUGUUGCAAUGACGAGUGGCUAUGGUACAACUGUUCUGAAUUUGAUGCGCAAGAUGAAACAUUUAAAUUAUAGAACAUACGAAGAAUUGGAGUUACCAUUGAUAUUAGGCAGAGAUUUUGCAGGAGUGAUUGUAUCAAAGGGUCACGGUGUCGGCGAUAGGCUGAAGUUAGGUGAGAAAGUCUGGGGAGUAGUUCCAGUGGAGCAACAGGGCUGUCAUGCAAAUUAUAUCGUAGUUAAUAACAACUUAGUAAAUCCACGUCCCCAGAAAUUGUCUCAUACUGAAGCUGCAAGUAUUUUAUAUGCUGGAUUGACUGCAUGGUCUGCAUUAUGGAUUACUGGAGGAUUAGCGUAUAAAACGGCAAUUGUUACGAGAAUGAAUAGGCGCGUGCUGAUCAUAGGAGGCUCGGGAGGAGUUGGAACUUUGGCCAUACAGUUACUGAAAGCUUGGAAUAUGCAUGUAAUCACCACCUGCAGCAGUGAUGCUGUAGAUAUGCUGUUAAACUUGGGUGCCAAUGAAGUCAUUGAUUAUAAGCAAGAUGACGCUGAUGCAAAAAUCACUUCGGAAGGACCAUACGACAUAAUCUUGGAUUGUGCUAAUCAAGGACCAGAGCACGUCAAAAUGAAAGGAUAUCCGCAUAAUACUUAUAUAGCAUUAAAUUCACCUCUGUUAAAAAAUAUUGACCAGCAUGGGUUGGUUGUUGGAAUGAUAAAAAAUGUUGAGAAUCUUUUGAAGCUUAAUAUUCCGAGAGCGGAAAACAAAAGUUGCGUUAAGUGGGGAUUCUUUGUACCUUCCCAGGUGGGAAUUAACGUUCUCCAAAAUUUUGUGGAAAACGAAAAAAUCGUACCUGUUGUUCAACAAGUGUAUCCUUUUCAAGAUUUACCACUAGCGUAUGAAAGGAUAAAGCAAGGCCAUUUAAGAGGUAAACUAGUCAUUGACAUGGGAUAGCAGCUUGCUAUACAUCAAGUUAAAUAUGUAUAGUUUUAUUAAUAUUAAUAUCUGUUUUGAAAAAGAUAUAGUAUUUACAAUAAAUGAUUCUA